AUGUCGUUACCAAACCCUAUAUACCAUAAGCAUAAGAAGAUACUCGCCGAAAACCCUCGCCAGUGGCAUGAAACACUGUAUGAGACACUAUGGGCUUAUCGCACUUCCAAGCGGAACCCUACUACCACCACACCCUAUGCUCUGAUGUUUGGCCAUGAUGCAGUUGUCCCUUUAGAAAUCAAUGUCCAAUCACUACGCGUGCAGGAUCAACAUCAUUUGAUUGGUGAGGACUAUGUCCAGGCUAUGUGGCAGGAGCAUGAAGAUCUUAGCGAGAAGUGCUUGGAGGCUUUAGACAGCUUGGUGAUGGAAAAACAACGUGUCGCUCGCGCCUAUGAUAAGAGGAAACACGGGCAUAGUUCCAAGGAGGGUGACCGUGUGUGGAAAGCAGUCUUACCACUAGGCGAGAAGUUGACCGGCCGCGGUAAGUGGACUCCGCGCUGGGAAUGUACCUUUGUGAUUCAUCGAAUUCUCGAUCGCAGGGCCUUUCACCUUAAGGAUCUGGAUGGUGAACUCCAUCGAAACCCAAUCAAUGGAAGGUUCUUGAAGAAAAAUUACCCAAGCGUCUGGGAAUUUGAAGAUCCCCAAGACCCACUUGUUCCUGGGGCAGGGGCCAACCAUAGUCUUACUAUGUUCACAUUCUCCCUUACAUUUAGGCCUCCUCAGUGGCCUCAUUCUCAUGUAUUCGCUUCACCUAGUAAGACAAAGGGGGGCAACACUCUAUGCAUUUAG